AGCCCUCUCCCCUCAAGCUGAUCACUCGGACCUGGCGCGCGCAAGAAUUGACCCCACCACCAGAUCAACCUGCGAGGGCGACGACCCGCGCGGCAGUCAUGGCAGGCCUCGCUUUUCUCGCGGUCGCCUUCUCGUCAGUGGCCGUUGGGGCGGAGAGCGCUGGGCGUGGGCGCCGUGUGCUGAGCGAGGAGCCCCGGAUCGAGCUCGCAGACUCCCUCCUGGUCGACUCCGAUGUGGAGGCCCUGCGUGCCCUUGCAAAGUCCCUCGGGCUGGACACCGCGCGGCAGGAGACGAACGCGACCAACGGCGGCGACGACUUCUGCGUGCUGGAUCCGCGCAUGGCUGCCGCGGGUGCGGAGCCAGGCUGGCAGGCGGUGUCGAGGCUCCAGGCGAGUGCUGCAAAGUGGGCCGGGCUCUCGGUCGGCAGCGCUACGCCAGUCGUCAGCCGUUGGGAGACGUGGUCCGCGGCCUCUGAUUUGAAUCGAUCGGGCAUCCUACACCUCGACGCACGGAUGCGUCCCCAGAGCCGGCGCACGGUACUUGCUUAUUUGAGCGGGACUGGCGAUGCAGAGGACGGUUUGACAGUCUUCCCUUGCGUAGAGACUCCCGACAUGGAGGCGAAGGAGGCAGCACGGCGCGAGAAGAUGUGUUCGCGGGCUUUCCGGCACCUCAAGCUGGCGCACGAGAAAUUGUUAAGCAUCCACGGUGAAGGCAUGGCGCUGCCCCCUACGGAGCAGUAUCAGUUCCUCUCGGCUCACCCGGAGCUCACCCAGCUGCCCAAGGCCCUGCCGGACGGCACCAGGCCAGUGAAUUGGCAGUGGACCGCGGCCCACGACGCCGUGGCGGAGCAGCCGGGCGCCCUCCGGGCAGAGCCGCUCUGGCGGCUGGCGGAGGCGAUGUGCCGCGGGCAGGCGGGGGGCCUCCGCGUGGCGCCCAGGGCCGGGGCCGCCCUGCUCCUCGAGGUGGCGGACCCCGACGCGCGCCGGGGCGCGGCCCCCGUGCCCGAGUGGCGCGCGUGGCACGCAGGCUGCAGCCCGCGCGCCGGGCGCGGCCGGCGCUGGACCGCGCAGCUCUUCCUGGAGGACGCCGCGCCCGCCGCAGCGGAGGCCGGCGGCGCGGAGGGGUGUGCCGCUGGCCUCCGCGGCUAGGACCGGGGGAGCGCAUAAGCUGGUGCAGCCGAGGAG